ACUCGCAGCCUCGUUCCCCGCCGAGCGGAGCUGCGGGGCCGGCCGGGCCGGGGCGGACCCCGGGAACCCGGACGCGGCCGCCCGGGCCCGCGGGCGGGGGGCUCGGCGGCGGCCCCGGCGGCAGCAGCCAGCAUGGAGUUCCGCCAGGAGGAGUUUCGGAAGCUGGCGGGUCGCGCCCUCGGGAAGCUGCACCGCCUUCUGGAGAAGCGGCAGGAAGGCGCCGAGACUCUGGAGCUGAGCGCCGAUGGGCGCCCGGUGACCACGCAAACCCGCGACCCACCCGUCGUGGACUGCACGUGCUUCGGCCUCCCUCGCCGCUACAUCAUCGCCAUCAUGAGCGGGCUGGGCUUCUGCAUCAGCUUUGGCAUCCGCUGCAACCUGGGCGUGGCCAUCGUGUCCAUGGUCAACAACAGCACGACCCACCGCGGGGGCCACGUGGUGGUGCAGAAAGCCCAGUUCAGCUGGGAUCCAGAGACCGUGGGCCUCAUCCACGGGUCCUUCUUCUGGGGCUACAUUGUUACUCAGAUUCCUGGUGGAUUCAUCUGCCAAAAAUUUGCAGCCAAUAGGGUUUUUGGCUUUGCCAUUGUGGCCACUUCAACUCUCAACAUGCUGAUCCCCUCGGCGGCUCGCGUCCACUACGGCUGCGUCAUCUUUGUGAGGAUCUUGCAGGGUUUAGUGGAGGGAGUCACCUACCCUGCCUGCCACGGGAUCUGGAGCAAAUGGGCGCCCCCCUUGGAGCGUAGUCGCCUGGCGACCACCGCCUUUUGCGGCUCCUAUGCCGGUGCGGUGGUCGCCAUGCCCCUCGCCGGGGUCCUGGUGCAGUACUCAGGGUGGAGCUCAGUAUUCUAUGUCUACGGCAGCUUCGGGAUCUGCUGGUACCUGUUCUGGCUGCUGGUCUCCUAUGAGUCCCCCGCGCUGCACCCCAGCAUCUCGGAGGAGGAGCGCAAAUACAUUGAGGAUGCCAUCGGCGAGAGUGCCAAGCUCAUGAACCCGGUCACGAAGUUUAACACGCCCUGGCGGCGUUUCUUCACCUCCAUGCCCGUGUACGCCAUCAUCGUGGCCAACUUCUGCCGCAGCUGGACCUUCUACCUGCUGCUCAUCUCGCAGCCUGCGUACUUUGAAGAAGUGUUUGGCUUUGAGAUCAGCAAGGUGGGCCUGGUGUCGGCGCUGCCCCACCUGGUCAUGACCAUCAUCGUGCCCAUCGGCGGCCAGAUCGCUGACUUCCUGCGGAGCCGCCGCAUCAUGUCCACCACCAACGUGCGCAAGUUGAUGAACUGCGGGGGCUUCGGCAUGGAGGCCACGCUGCUGCUGGUGGUCGGCUACUCGCACUCCAAGGGUGUGGCCAUCUCCUUCCUGGUCCUGGCCGUGGGCUUCAGCGGCUUCGCCAUCUCUGGGUUCAACGUGAACCACCUGGACAUCGCGCCGCGCUACGCCAGCAUCCUCAUGGGCAUCUCCAACGGCGUGGGCACGCUGUCCGGCAUGGUGUGUCCCAUCAUCGUGGGCGCCAUGACCAAGCACAAGACUCGCGAGGAGUGGCAGUACGUGUUCCUCAUCGCCUCCCUGGUGCACUAUGGGGGUGUCAUCUUCUACGGGGUCUUUGCUUCCGGGGAGAAGCAGCCGUGGGCCGAGCCUGAGGAGCUGAGCGAGGAGAAAUGUGGCUUCGUGAGCCACGACCAGCUGGCCGGCAGCGACGACAGCGACGUGGAGGACGAGGCCGAGCCGCCGGGGGCGCCCCCCGCGCCCCCUCCGUCCUAUGGGGCCACGCACAGCACCGUGCAGCCCCCGCGGCCGCCGCCCCCGCACCGGGACUACUGA